UUCAAAGAGUUGUGACACCAGUGAUUUUCGUUCUGCGAACACCAACAAUCGUCGCUUGGUUAAUGUUUACCCUGUUGGUUGUUUUAGCGCGUUAUUAGCCUACUGGGAAAUUCAUACAAGAUCCAUGCGUUUAAUUAAUUGAAUUACUUGAAUUUUUCGGACGAUUUACUAAAAACCGCCAGUUGAAACUGGUGGUGUUUCUUUUUUUUUAUAAUACAUAUAUAAUCGGUUUGCCUCAAGCAACCAGACAAUUUAUACAACAAAAAAGAAGCAAAGGAAAUACGAAAGCUUAUUGAUACGAACAUUGUGGAUUAUGCGAAUUUGAAGUAAAUAAUAAAAGCGUUUUGGUGUGUGCGGUAAGACGUCGUGUUGAUAAGAAGAAACAGAAAUAAUAUCAACAUUUCUUGGCUGCCAAUUUUGCGAACCAUCGUGUGCAAGUGAUUGAGUACGUUUCGUGUAUCGAAGUGGUUUCGUGUGUAUAUCAAAAGUGGCUUGUUAUUUUAUUUUCGUUUUUUUUUUCUCUUCUCGUUCUGUGUUCAUCUCGACCAAAUUGUAUGAGAUAUCCGUUAAAAUAUUCGUUUGAAUAAAAAGGAAUAAAAGAAAAGACAGCAACAUAUCACACAAAGAAUCAAUCCAAAAUAAUAAGUACAUAAAAGAUAUAUCAAUUGAUGGAUUUUGCCUUGUACAUUUUUCCUGUCGAAUCCAUUCUUUUCUAUUAAUAUUUUACAGUAAAUUUGUGUCGUUUGCUUUAUACAUUUUUUUGUUUGUACGUUCAUUCGUUAUAUACUCUCCCCAAAAACGAAAUUGAUGUAUUCUUUUUUAUGUAUGUGCGUGCGUGUCCCUUGAAGGUAUUUCAGUUGAUUUGAUAUAGAUUCGAUGAUUUCUUUGCUGCGUUGAAUCUACUAACAUUUGAAUAUGUGCUAAAUUUUGUCGGUGCGUGUGCAAUGUAAACAGAUAGCAGAGCGCUCAACGGAAACAAAGCACAAACGAAAGGGACAGAAGAAGAAAAAAAAAGAAUAGAAUUCAACGAGAUAUACAUAUAUGUAAGACAAAAGAGAGACAGACGAAAAGAAAGAAAAUAGCGACGCGCUGCAAAUGAAAUUCGAAUGAGAAUUUAUGUGUUACUUUUGAGCUUUUGUGUGCGACAAAAACGACAAAAUUCAGUGUUGAUUUUACCUUUGCCAUCGUUGUUCAAAGUGACGGCGUCGUUUUUGUUGUUAUCGCUGCUGCUAUCGUUAUAUCGUCAAUGUCGUUUUGUAUGUGCUUUGGAUUUUCAUUUUUCCUUCGAACGAAAUAAAAUGAAAUAAAAUAUAAAAAGAAACGGCAAUGCACGCAAGUUCUAUUAACUUAUUACAUGCGAACGUAUUGUAUAUUGUGCGUCAGACGAGAGUAAAAGGAACGAAAAAUUAAAGCACCUAUGUGUACAUGAAAUUGGAGCCAUAACAAAACUUUGCCGCAAGCAAAUUUUCCUUUUGGUUCCAUCAAUUAUUUAUAAACAGUAAAAUACAUACAAUCUCACGCAUUCGGAUAAUAUAUUAAGAGUGAGCCAGGGCCAAAAAAAGGCUCAACGCAGAAAAUGAAAAUCAAAAACCCAAAGGUGAAGUCUAGAUUCGCGAUCAUAUGAAAUUGUUCGCUUUGGUUUCGAUGGUUGCUGUUUUUUUUCUCGUCUCGCAACUCAAUGUAAUAUAAAUCAAUUACAAAUUUUUAUUGUGCAAUCCAUUCGACUGUGAAAAUAGGCCGAUUUGAAACGAAACUGUAACUGUAACUGUUAAAAGUCAACAAACGAAAAGUGAAUGAAGUUGAAUUGACUGAAGACAACGCAUACACAGAGAGAGAGAGAGAAAGAUUGAAGUGAGACACCGUUGAAAAAGUUUGGCGACCACGUAAAUGCUUUAAUUCAAUACGGACCGAAAUAGAAUAAAAGAGAUAUAGAGUGAGACAGAGACAAAGACAAAGUAGUGAAGGUUGGAGUUUUGCCGCGAUGUAACAAUAGCAAGCAACACAAGUGGCAUUUUCAAAUGAAAUAUUAAAGUCGCUUCCACUGUCUUAUUGUGAAAAAGCAUUCGUUAUUUAUUUGUGGCCAUCGUUUCACCCGAGAAAAACAAAACCAAAGAAAGAGAGAGAAAGAGAGAUUACCGAAGAGGCAAAAGUUAAGAAGCACACAAGACGAAUGUUCUGUGGGUCGGUCGGUCGGCAGUCAUAUAAAUAAGUGCUUGUGUACACAUAUAAAGUGCGUUGCUCUUUUUUUUCGAUUAACAACACCCAUUCAACUCUCGCAAUGAUUUUGAAAAUUUGAUGUGAAAUCACAUCGAAAACUCAAACCAAUUUAUAACACUCUGUUUCAAAUUAAGCGAAUGCAAUACGGGUUUAUUAUAAUAAUAUACGGGAAGAAAAUAAUAAGAAAACAUUUCGCAAACACUCCACGAACAUAAAAUAUAAACCAAAAAAAAGAAUAUAUUAGUAGACCGACGCCGAGAGAGUGAGAAAAGAGUGAAUAGAGAAAAGAGAGAAAUAAAAAUUGGCUUGUGAAAAAUGUUGGUGCAAAAAAUGUGCGGUGGUUGGGAUAAAAUGUGGAUAAAUAUUGGAUUACCUGUUCUACUGCUUGUAAUUGCUGUGCAAUGCAUUGAAUCGGAAUUGAGCCGGGAGGCCGCAUUUCAGGGUCGUUGCGGUCAUGGAAGUCCUUGUGAACAAUUAUGCUAUGAGCUACACGAUGGCAUGUAUGAAUGUGACUGCACAGAAGGAUAUGAAUUAAAUAAGAAUGGGUAUAGCUGUCAAGUGAUAAAUUCAACAUAUCAAUCGAACGAUCUAAACAGUGGCACCGAAGAGGAUGUACUCUAUCAGAGCGACGCGUCGUUCAGUGCAAAAUUAGAUAAUUCAUAUUCGCACAAUAAUUUACAAAGCUAUAACAAAAGUGUAUCUAAUGGCGACAAUAGCCAAAGUAGCUCUAGUGUAAAUAAUUUAAAUAGAAAUAGUAAAAGCAGUAGGUACAACAAAAAUAUAAAUGUAAAAAAUACCAACAACCAUAAUAGCAACAAACCGUUGAAUGUAAAAUCACCGAACAAAGUGGAUGCGCCGAGUAAGGGCGCAACCAAACAGACAACGGGCAGCAGCAGUAGCGGUAGCAGUAUACCAAAUCAAAACACAUUACAUAUUGAUGAUGACAAAAAUAAUGUAGAUUUUUACAAUACAAUUAUUGAUUGGAACCAAAACAUUGACACAAACCGGCAUGCAGAUACGGAAAGCACAAGUGAUAAUGAUAAUAAUGAGUAUGGUUACAAUGGCAACGAUGCUGUAUCAGAUGACACUGAUGAUGACGACGAAGUUGAGGACGAUCUAGAUUAUAAUGGUAGCAGUAGCAGUGGCAGUGAUAGCAUAGUCAUCAAAAUUGGAUCGAAUAAUGCAAUUUCGAGAAAAUUAGUCGUCGACAAUCUCGAUACGAACAAAAUAUUGACGACAGCCUCAGCAACAGUAGCAGGAGGAGGAGCAAGAGGAACAGCAUUACCAACAACAAGAAAUGAACGACCAAUUGCUGCCAUUGAUUCAACGACGAUUGAACCAAAAAUUGGCAUGGGCAAAACCUUGCCAUCGACUACAACUUCUAAUUAUAAUUACAAUAAUGAAAAUUACUACUCCAAAGACGAUAUGUCGGUGUAUGAUGAUGUGAACAAUAAUCGACUCAAUCUACGCAGCAACAGCAACAAUGACGUCGACAGCGCCAACACUGGACGCUCAAAUGCUUAUGAACAGCGAAACAUUUAUGUGGCAAAUAACAUUUUAAGCGAUAGCAAUACCAACAACGAUUCGGUUAAAACUUAUAUUCACAUUGAAGUAUACAAAGGAAAUUUGGAUGGUGUGGCGACAGCAAAACCAAAAGAUGUGAAAUCAAUGAAAGAAUUUGAUGUCAAAGCAACGGCAAAAUCGGUGCAAUUGCAUUUGAACAAUAGUACGGAUAGGACAACGGAAAUGACGACCACAAAACCUGAAUCAUGCCUUUUAGACUGCGGUACGGACGGCAUAUGCGACAACAGGGAGAACACGAUGCGAUGUCGAUGUCCUUUCGGUAAAAGCGGUAGCAAAUGCGAAAAUGUUGCCGAUAGUCUGUCAACACCGCGGUUUACAAAGCAUUCAUGGAUUGCAUUUUCAGCGUUGCGUGGAGCUUAUAAACAUGUUCAGUUGCAUAUUGAAUUCAAACCGGAGGCGAACGAUGGUAUCAUAUUGUUAACAGGCGAACGAGAUGAUUUAUCCGGCGAUUUCUUGGCCGUACUCAUUGACCAAGGGCACAUUGAAUUCUGGUUUGAUUGUGGAUCUGGAACGGGUAAAGUGCGAUCUGACACAAAGGUGAUACUAAAUCAAUGGAACACAUUAACCGUAUAUCGUUAUCGAUGGGAUGCUUGGAUUCAAUUGAACAAUGGACAGCGCGUACAGGGUCGUUCAAAGGGACUCUUUUCACGCAUUACGUUCCGUGAACCAGUGUUUCUUGGCGGUACUGGUAAUAUAACUGGAUUAGCGAAACGUCUUCCUGUCGCCGACGGUAUGACGGGAUGUAUUCGGAAAUUUGUUGCGAAUGAGCACGAAUAUAUAUUUGCAGCCGCUCCGACCGGAGAUAUAAUACAAGGAUUUGAUAUACAGGAAUGUGUGAUUGAUCGAUGCGGCCGAUUUCCGUGCAGACAUGGUGGCAAAUGUUUGCCAUCUGACCAAGGGGCAAUUUGUUUAUGUCCGCUUGGAUUCGGAGGCGAUCUCUGUGAAAUGAGACUCGACUUACAGGUACCGUUAUUCAAUGGUUCAUCAUAUUUGCGAUUCGCCCCAUUGGGAGACAGUGCAUUAAUCUGGCUUGAGUUAAAGAUAAUUGUUAAGCCACAAUCCGAAAAUGGGCUCAUUCUAUACAGUGGUCAUCAUGAGUAUGGGGAUUACAUAUCGCUGAGCUUGAAUAAUGGAUUCGUCGAAUUUGCAUUCGAGUUGGGAAGCGGACCAGCUGUUGUCAGGAGUGAAACACCAUUGACGAUGGAACAAUGGCACAUCAUUCGCAUUUCACGAACGGCUCGUUUGGCAGUUAUGAAAAUUGAUCAGCUACCCGAAGUUAUGACAGUGUCACCAAAUGGAUUUUGGCAUUUAUCGUUACCGCACAGCUUGUAUUUGGGUGGAUCGAACAACGCACAAUAUUUGCCAUUAAAUCUCAAAGAACUUGGCUCGUUUGUGGGAUGCAUACAAAAAUUGGAAGUAAAUGGUCGAUCGAUAUCCAUUAUAUCCGAAGCAGUUGGAGGCACAAAUGUUGAUAAUUGUCCGCACUCAUGUACGAGAAAACCAUGCGGACCAUUAGCACAAUGCGUACCAAACAUGGAAAGCUACGAAUGUCAAUGUAACCCGUCGAAUUUGCAAUGCAAUAAAGCCGAAGAGUUGACGGUGCAACAAACUCAUUCAAGCUUAACAUCGUUUAAUUUCACUGGCGUUUCGAACAAUCGUACAAGCAUGUCUGCUAUCGACAAAAAUGCACUUGACUCAUUGAAAACAACGACCGUACCGGCAAACUCAAUCACAGCAAUGGCACAGCUCAAAACCAAUAUCAAAGAUGUGGAGAAAAUAGCAAAAGCUGCAAAAGCAGCAUCAAUACCACCACCAUCACCACCACCACCGACAAUACCAACAACAAUUGCUAAUGACCGACGUAAAUACAACGAUGAAGUCAUUGCUACUAUCAGUGAAUUUGAUUCAAAAUCUCCCGUGGUACAAUUAAGUGACCCACAUGCAAAAUCUGAUAAAAUGGUAGACAAAGAUCACAGCGAUAAUGAACGCAAUAACAACAACAACAACAACAACAACGGCAAUAGCAACGAAAAUGUCGAACUUAGCAUGGAUUCAAAUACGGGAAAUACAAAAGAAGCUGACGAUGUCAAUGAUUAUUAUUAUGAUGAUGAUGAUGAUGAUUACGAAUACAAAAAUGCAGACGAUUCGUUGGAUGCCGUUAUGAAUAUCCAUACCACAAACGCAAAUCGUCCCACAACUAUGACGACGACAACAACAACAACAACAACAACACCACCAACGAUGUCAACGACUACAAUUGAACAAUUGACACCCAGUAAAACAGUAGGCAUUUCAACCGAUGACGAUGUAACUCGAGUUUUUGGCCGCUAUAUGUCUAUUGACACGGAAAAAUUACUAAAAAAAGAGGAAAUUAUGAAAAAUAUGAAAUUGAAAAAUCACUACAACAAAGGAACAAAAUCAGCAAAAAAACACUACAUUCCAAUGCCAUUGCUUGAACCGAAAUCACCAUCUUUGGCCGACGAUGAAGUUGAAAUAGAUAUUAUGUUACCAACCAUAAAAACUGAUCGCUCAACGACGACAAUGAAAACAACAAUUGAACGCGGAAAUUCAGCUGCAAUAAACGAUAAACAGGCUAACGUUGGCAGUGAUGAUGAUGAUGACGACGACAACGAUGAAGAUGACGAAAUGAGUGGCGAUUUUGAUGUGAUGGGUUUCUAUUCCAAUGAAGACGUUCUCACAACCAAAGAAUUGAUAGACGAUAUGGCACGCAUUAUGAAAAACGGCGCCGAAAUUCGACGAAAUCAAAUGAAUCGCAAAACAAAAUACGUGCGAAGAAGUCAUGGUGCUUGUUUCACUGGAGCAGAUAGCUAUUUCCAUUACAAUGAUGCCGAAACAAUGAAGCAAAUCAUAAGCUAUAAAAUCGAUUUGAAUUUGAGAUUCAAAACACAUUCACACAACGGACUAAUUUUAUGGACGGGCCGACACACGGCACAGAUUGACGACGAUUAUCUACUGCUCGGAAUUGAAAAUGGAUAUUUACAUUUUCGAUACAAUCUUGGUUCGGGCGAAGUGAAUAUCGUCUACAACUCAACGAAAGUGAGCGAUGGUCUGUGGCACCGAAUCAGAAUAUUAAGGAAUUUGCAAGAUGGUUCAAUCGAAGUAGAUGGCGGUGUGGAAGUGAGUAAACGAUCACCCGGAAAAUUGCGACAAUUAAAUACAGAUACAGGUCUUUAUGUUGGUGGAAUGCCAGACAUUAUGUAUUAUACGGGCCGUCGGUAUUAUUCGGGCAUUAUUGGAUGCAUAUCGGAAAUUGUUUUGGGCGGUGAAUUGAAGCUUAGCCUUGAUCCGGAAACACUUGGUCUAGCACACAACGUUGAACCGGGAUACUUUUGAGCUAAAACAACCUUAUUUCAAUGAAGAAAUCAAACAAAAAAACUGUUAAAUUGAAUGAACAAAAAAAAUAUAGUCGUCAAUCUAAUUUUUAACAAAAUUGUGGCGGAAGAAGAAGAAGAAGAGGAAUAGAACAAAAUUUAUGCGAAAUGAAAAUCAAAUUAAGACUCACAACGUUAGAGUGAUAUAUACGUGCUUAUCUAAGAUAGAUGAUUUCGCAUAACAAACGGAAAUUUAACCAUCGAAAUCGUCGAACAAAUAUAGAAUAAAUGAGUUAUUGGCCAUACAAAACACGACACACAAAACAUGUUUAAUUAAUAUUAUUAUUAUUAUUACAAUUGUGUUGUGAACGGCACGAGGCACGGGAUCGGUGCAUAUUGAAUGAGAUAAAAAUAAAAAUAAUGGUUUAAAUGGGGAUAAUGUGUGGCGAUGACAAAGGCGACAUGAAGAGAGACUAGGGGAUGAACACAACAAUGUGAGAGCUUCAAAACUUCUUCUGUCUGAUUUAAAAUCUGCACAAUUUCUCAAAUGAUUUCAGUUCGUUUAUUUUUUCGAAUCGAUUAACAGUCGAUUUUGAGUCGAAAUGCAUGUUGAGACCAUUUAUAAAAUCAUUUGAAUCCCGAAUGUUGUAUGUCACCCCUGGGAAGUGGCGAGAGCAAGUAAAUACAAUAAUUGCCAUUUGCAAGAAUGGCCAUAUGUGAACGGAAACAGUAGAUGAUCUGAUAAAAUGAUUUUAAAUAGAUUUAAGUGAGAGUAGCUGUUAAGCAUAUUUGAUUUGAAUCUCACCGACAAAAGCUAAGGGCAUAUAUAUGUAUCAUUUGCAAAACAAAUUGCAUUUCACACAUAAGAAGACCUACUACAUAUUCAUCGAUAUUUUGCGACACAAUGCCCCGCAAUUAUCACAAAACUCACCCAUUCCUUUGUCGAACAUAUGCACAACUGCAGAAAAAUACCACUUUACAUUCAGUCACACUCACCCAUACACACAAAAGAAACACAUUGAUUUUCGUUAAGGUAGACAUAAGACGUAAUUAGCAAAUAAGGUUAAACUGAGGUCAAUUGAACAGCUAACUAAUGCUUUUGCGAUUGUGAUCGCGAUUGGCGAACCGUGUGGCGGCAAAACAAACAGCUUCAAUUCAGAAAUGAAACAAAUCAAUAUAAAUGAGGUGAAAAGCAAAGUAGUUCAUUAAGAACAUAAACAAUAAAAUUGCUAGAGCAACGAUUCUAUGUAAAAUUAUAUAUCGAUAGACAAGUCAGAAAUGGGAAUUAAGAAUAAAUAUAAAAAAAUAUGAAUAUACAUGUGUGUGUGAGUAUGAAUAUUCACAAGAAACUGAAAGAAAACAAAAACAAAACGGUUUUUUAUGCGUGUGUUUUGACCAUUAUCAUUAUCAUUUCAACCUGAAAAGCAAAGGAAGACAAUUUAUUUGAUGAAUUUUCAUAUCAUUGACAAACACACUAUAUCAUUCGUGUCUAUCGCAAUAUAUUCCUAUCUUUGUAAAUUUGCACCGAACUGAUUUACCCAAUUAAUUAUAAACAAUAAAUAAUGAAUGGCAAAAGCAAGAAGCAACCAAUUUGAGAGCAGAACGAAUAUUGACAAAAUGACAAACAAUCAAUUUUAUACACACUUAAACACAGACACCUACACACACAAUAAUUAUUAUAUAUCAUUGAUUUUUGUUUCAUAUCUGGUAAUAAAUUUGCAUAUCUCUUCAAAUCCUUCAUUUAUAAUGAUCCGAAAUUAUUGCAUGGAAUUGAAAUCGAUUAGAUGAAAUCGUUCAUUUAGUUCGCCUUUUGAAUCAACUAAUAAAAUAUCACAACUAAAUGUUAAUAUAUGUAUACAUCGGACAGGGUUACACACACUAUAAACAACACUAGAAUUGACACUAUGAUUUGUCGGACGAAUAUUGCGAUAAUUUGGAAAAUCAUUAAACUUAUGAUUGGGCUCGAAUAAAAAUCCAAAUCGAAAUAAAAAUCGAUAAAAGUGGAUC